AUGAUCACAAAACAUAUCACCGAAGUGACUUCGAGGUUCAAUCCGUUCACAAAGCCUUCAAAGACCUGUCGAGUCUUUCUAGCGCAUCUACCUGCCAAUGCUAGAAGUACCAUGAAGAUCAAUACCACGGUGCUUGAGCGCAAUAGCCAAGAGCCUAGCUUCUUGAAGCUCAAAUUCAAAGAUGGGAAAGAGAUGCAAUUGGACACCGAGAAGCUGAAAAUAAAUGACGUCGUGGAGGAGGUGGAUCGCCAUUCAAGGGUUUUGAACCGACAGGCAGAUCUGACCGGCAAUUGA